AUGGCAGAGAACAGAAGUUCGGACAACGUCGUCAUGCCGGACAUUACCGAAGUUUCGGAAGCCGAUCCGUUGGCGGCCGCAACCGAGCACGACACGGAGCGGAGCGAUGGCGGCGUCGUUUUGGCGAGUGGGAUCAAGGCCGCGCGGCUUUCCAGCGACUCCGAAGGUGUUGUCACCGUGCCAGUCUCUUUGCCUGUAGGCACACUCAUCGCAGGGACCACAUUCAACGUGAUCGGCCAGUUGCCUAACUUCAAACCUAUGAUAUGUGUGGACAACGGGUUCAUAUCUGGUGGACCGGUGACUGACGAACUGAAAGCGACUCAUAUUGUGAUUCAAAACCCGCAGUCGCCGCAGGCUGCGCGUGCGCAUAUCCUCGAGGACGGGUCAACGUCGACGACAUCAACGCGAUCCUCCAGCACGAGAUCAUGGGCCGAAACAGUCAACAUGCCCAUUCUACCCAUUCGGUGUAAAAACACUUCAGCUGAAUUGCACAAACAGAAAUUUGGUUCAGGCGGAAGAGGAAGAUGUAUAAAGUAUGGCAUGGAAUGGUACACUCCUAGUGAGUUCGAGGCUCUCUGCGGUAGAGCGUCUAGUAAAGACUGGAAAAGGUCCAUUCGGUUUGGUGGUAGAAGUAUACAAGCGUUGAUAGACGAAGGUAUUCUAACACCUCAUGCAACCAGUUGCACGUGUGGUGCUUGCUGUGAUGACCAGAACGCAAUGGGUCCGGUAAGAUUAUUCACUCCUUACAAGAGGAAGAAACGGCCAAAGGUGAAACGGGAGCACAGCACGUUGGGAGAGAAUGAUGUCGACAACAUUAACCAGAAUAGCAAUCACAGCCAAUCCAAAGAGUCAUGGCAACAGUUGGCAGAAGGUUUAGACACUAGUGCUGACUACCAUUUGCUGGAAAACCCAGAACCCCCACCAGAUCCCCAUGCAGUUGUGCCAGACAUGAGCGGAGUACUGAAGCGGUUGGACGACAUUGGCCAAACUUUGGUGCGAUUAGCGGGAGAGUUGAAACAGUGCGUCGAGGAAGUGAAGACCGUGAAUGCGAGGCAACUCGAGAGGAUAGAGCAGGAGCGGGCGUCCGCCAUAUUGGCAGCCAGUGUCGAUGCACACGUAGAGGGGGAGCAAGUCCCCUUGCACAACAUUGAUGACACGGAGGCGAAAAAGUGUGCGAAUUGCAACCGCGAGGCGUCAGCGGAGUGCUCUCUCUGUCGGCGCACGCCCUUAAUCAAACAAAACAACAUGCUCUAACCAUGGUUACCAUCCGUCUGGGCAUACUGCGGAUGAUAUCCAACUUCUUCCACUCUACAAGUCACGCGUCUCGAAUUUCACCCACAUGGAGUCAUCCACAUUCUGGAGGUUAAGCCUCUCUUUAAGUAGUCUCAAGCCCUAUUGGAUAUGCUUGUACAAAGCGAGCACGUUUAGUCCGAACCUUACCUGCAUUAAGAUUAAAGCCGUCAUCGAUAAAGGUGGCACAUGACACAGCGUGUUCAUCUAAAACAGUCCUGAUAUUACCGGCCAGCGCUCAUAUUCACUCCAUCUACCACCGCCAACUCUGUACGAACUUCCAAGUCUUCUCACACCAUCGAACCCCGCCGUUUGUCACUGUGUUUUUAAAAUUAAACAAUAUAACGCUCUCCUUAGCGGCUCUAUAUUUGCGUCCUUGAACAAAUCCGAUUCGAGAUAAUUCUGCGCUCAUCAAUGAAGAGAGUCUGUCUCCACUAAUGUAAGUCCCAAAGGCCAUAUUCACAUGCAAAAUUCCGCCGGUGUGGCGGUGGUGUCUCUCCAGUGUUGAAGCUCCGGCUAGUAUAAACGAACCUGUAUAACUUCGAAUCUUUUGUGAACGGUACAUUCACUCCACAGAACAAUAAAUACAAUAGAAGUGAUUAGUGAGCAUGCGACGUGUGCCAACAGUAUGCGAGGUUCUGCAUACUUGAGCUCAGUCUACCAUUUUUUGCUUGUACGUUGUGGUCGUUUUUGUCAUUUUGUCACUGUGGAGUGCAAAAAUUAUAGUAGUAAUCAUAGUAAUAGAUUUUUUAUAGGAAACGAAAAUAAACCUGGUCAAUGCUUAUACCGCUUCAAUAUGGUCGCUUCUUUUUUGGAGAACUAAGUAAAUAUCUCCACGCUAUUCGUAAGCGUUAAUCAUUCCUCGUGGUACAGCUAGAUGGAUUGAAAUUGCAGUAUUAAAUCAAAACAUUGUAAUUUGCAAUAAUAGGUAUGGAACCUUCAACGAUAUGCCAAUAGGAUAAAGUUUAAAUUAUAUUAAUCGUAAAUUUGUUAUUUCUUUUUAAAUUAGAAACUAUGACCAAUCAUUAUCAAGAUUCAUAGUGUUUAAAAUUAAGAUACUGCGAGUUUUGGGAACAGCGGUUCUGAUAGUAAUCAAGCUUAAGGCACUUCGAAACAGGAUAAUUUCGGGCUGCACGGCUGUUGGCCGCGUGUUCCUUCCUACGAACUCGAUAUUGUAGAAAACGGUCGCCCCUACAUCUAUUUAAAUUUACAUCUUUUUGUAAUAUAGAGGAUUUCUAUUAGAACUAUUGACUUGAAUCUAUGUGAAGAUGAUUUGAGAUAACCCCCGUUGCGGACAAGGACAUUAUUAUUAUUACCACCAGCGAUCGUUGAUUCAAAAGCGGAAUUGCAACAAAAUGUAACAAUACGUUCUUUACACUGCUUCAAAUGGAACAAUAAUAAUUAUUAUUGCUUUUAUUUUCCCAGUAUUUGGGCUGGUUUUAAAUUAUUAUUAUGAAAAUGAAUGGAAAUAAAAAAAAAAUAAUAAUUUUGAAUA